AAUAGCGAAAAUUUGGUCAUUUCAGUUGAUAGUGUGUUUUUUUAUUCUGUUUUGCGCUGAACUGAGAACGCAACUCGAAUUCUGCUCACCAUUAGAAUGGAAAUCAUUAAAAACAAGGUUCGCGAAGCAUUUGAGAAAAGCGAAGAAAGGCGUUACAAUUUUGACAAACUUGCAGAAGUUUUAAAGAAGUUUUACAAUGAGCAAACUGAGAAUAAUGAAGAAGCACGAAGAUAUUUCUUCACCACCUUCCGUGACCAUUGUGAAUAUCUGCUUGUAAUUUCAAGUCGUGACCUUCCAGUUGAACGAUGUCUGCAGUUUGCAGCAAAGUUUGCUUCUUUCUUUGCAAAUGUCAAUGAAGAAGAAGAAGAGUUGGAAUAUAAUGAUCCAAUGGACCAGGAUCUAUACACCUACAUAUUUAGUUUUAUGUUGGAACCAGAGUUCCACAGUAACCAUGACAAGACCGUUCGAUUUCGUAUUUGUCAAUUUGUCCAAUAUUUGCUGAGUGCAGUUCCAUCUGAUGCUACCAUGGAUGGUGAUCUUAUUGACAAUGCAACAAAAGUCCUGUUAGACCGAAUACAAGAUAAGGUUCCAUCAGUUCGAGCACAAGCAGCUAAAUCCUUAAGCCGACUGCAACAACCUGGGGAUAAAAACUGUCCGGUUAUUGAAGCCUAUCUGUUCCACAUGGCAGCAGAUGAUAACACAAGUGUACGAAGCGCUGCUUUGUCUGCUGUCUCACUUACUACCAAGACCUUACCAGAGGUUAUUGAUAGGAUACGAGAUAUUUCGGAAUCUGUGAGAAAAAUUGCUUUCCAGGUGCUUUCACAGAAAGUUGGCAUUAAGGCUCUAACUAGCUCUCAGCGUUUACACCUCAUCAAACAAGGUUUGCUUGAUGGGUCAGAAGCUGUAAGAAAUGUGGUGAAAAAACAACUUCUUCAAGCCUGGCUCUUGUCCUUCAAGGGUAAUAUUCUGCAAUUAUUCAAAAAGUUAGAUGUUGUUGGAGCAUUUGAAACCUGCUCGGAUGCCAUAGUAGCAAUAUUUGAAAACUCUUCAAUGGCGGAUCUUGUGCAAGGGUUUCUACCUUUAUUGAAUGAAGAAAAGCUGGUCGAACACGAUGUUCUUGUUCCCGAAGCCGUCUUCUACUGGAGCCAACUUUGUAACUUCCUUCGUUCCAAGGGUCAGGAUGGUGAGAACCAAGUUGAAGAUCUUCUCCCAACCACCUUUAUAUUCGCUUCUUACAUUGAGAAAUAUAUGACACAGUAUCUUCUUCCAUUUGUUGAGAGGAUAGAGAGCUUAAGGGAGGACUUUCCACAAGAGGAGGAGGAUGAUAAGAUCGAGAAGGAAUUUGUGGCAGAGCAGUUGGUGAAGAUGGCGGUUAAAAUGGACCUAUCCGAUGAUGCAGGGCGGCGAAAGCUGGUUGAAGUUUUAAAAACAGCAUAUGAACAAGUUGAUGUUCUCUGCUUUCCAUGCCUAACUUCACCACUUGCUGAAUCACUUCUUAAAAUAGAUUACCACUCAGCUAAUAAAACAGAAGAGGAACAUAUUGCUCUUGUAGCGAACAUGAUUUCCUCAGCAAGAGAAGGAACUUCACCGGCACCAACACAAGAUUGUUUAUCAGAGGAACAAAUAGUGGAUUGUAAACUCAAGAUUGCUAAAGUUAGUGUGAAAAUUAAUGAGGCAAACGAACAAUUGGAAGAAUUCAUUACCGACAAAAACUUUGAAGACGCAUCCAAGAUGCAGAAGAUUAUCGAUGAUCUUAAAGGGGAGAAGAGAGAGCUGGAGGAUGAUCUGAUCCCGAAGCAGAACGAUGAAGUCCUCUCGCAAGUUCCUGAAAAGGAUGAUGCAGGAACGCUCAUCAAAUGCUUAAAAUUAAUGACUGAACUUCUCUCUUCCAUCUUCCUCUCAAGAAUGAGCAGCAAGCAGCGAAGAAGGAGGAGCCAGGUUCAUGGGAUGAAUCCCACCAUCCUCCAGCUCCUAGAGACUCUGGUCCUCCCCUCAAUCCUCAUCCCUGCUCCCGAGGUGAGAGGGGAGGCGGUGAAAUGUCUGGCAACGAGCUGCAUGUUCUCUGUAAGACUCGCAGCUCAACAUUUUCCUUUGUUCAUGAAGAUUGCACAAGCUGACGUGUAUAACGUAAGAGUUGAAGCAAUCAACGCUGCAAACGAUUUUCUUCGAAUAUUUGGAAUAAAUAAUCUUGUUACAGGACCAAUGGAAGAAAACGAAGAAUCUGGUGAUGGUGGUGCAAGCACGGUUGUCUUGUCCAAGUUCAUGAACAUGCUUGAAGAUGAGGAAUCUGAGGUUCGUGAAGCAUCAGCAUGUCUCCUGACUCGUGUCCUCAUCUCACACAGGAUCCUUUCAUCGGUUGUCGUAUCUCGUCUUAUCCUCCUAUGGUAUAAUCCAUCCACAUCUGAAGAAACGAAACUCCUCCAGCACGUCAAUGCUUUCCUUGAUGCUUUCCCUUACAUGUCAAAAGCUGCCCAUGAUUGCAUCGAGUUUGCCUUCCUUCCAACACUCCGUAUCUUCUUCAAUGCCCCUCCAUCUUCCCCAUACGCAUCUGUUGAUAUAAACAAUGUAUCGGCUUUCCUUGUGUGCAUCACCCGACCAUCUAUCAUAGAGAAAGCUGAUGUCAGCCAUCUAUGUGAUCAUGAUAAGAAAUGGCUUGAAGAAGGAUCGGCACACGACAACCUCGCUGUUAUGAUUUCCAAUGAAGUUUUAUCGGAUCCCAAAUCCCCACAUGUUAAUGUUCUAUGUAGGAUGCUGCCAAUGUUGGAACUCAACAUUAAGCUAACCGACAACCUUAAAUCGCUAAUGCCACUAUGUGAUAGCAUGCUGGAGGAAGUGACAGAUAAAGCUGCAAUUCGUCAUUUAAAGAAGUUUUUAAGCCAAGUCCAACUUCUUAUAAAGAAUGCAAAUAUACCAACUAUUCAUGUGGAGGAAAAUGUAACCAAUGAGUGUGAAGCCACUGCUAUGGAAGAACAAAGUGCUUUUUUAGUACCAGAAGUAAAGACACCACCACCUAGUGAGAACACAAAACCCUCCACUGAUCUUCCUUCUUCCAAGAGGAAAUCAAGAGCAAAGUUUAUAGAAAGUCCUCCGCUGGGUGAUUUUAACAGCAUCAUCUUAAAUUCACCUCGUGUAAGUUUAACCAGGAUCUCAACAGAUGAAGUUUGAAUUGGUUUCCUAUCCUUAUCCUUAUGUACGAACAUAGGCGCAAAACUUGGGGUGGCAAAGUAGUCAGGUCUACCCUUUAAAAUAUUCGCAUUGCAUUAAGCAGCAUAAGCAACAAUUUUAUAAGAUUUGUUUAUCAGGAAAGUCUGUAUAACUAUUUCUGCCUCCCCUGCAUUUUUAAAAGUAUGGCACCUGUGUACCACAUAUUUACCACUCUCAGGCAAAAUCGUUUCAAGAACUAGUAGUAUAACUAAAACACACGGGCAUAAAGUAUUUUAACGUCAAUUUGUGAGUUGUGUAAACAACCAAUUUUUAAUUCUUUAUUAAAAUAGUUUAUAUCAAGUUUUAAUGCCAAAGCACGUAUUGCUAUGAUAAAAUAUAAGAGUAAUUUUACCGCUGCCAAUUCUUGAGUUACAGUUAUUUUCUAAAGUUUUCUAUUUGUAUAUUAUUUGUUUGAACAUUUAUACUGUAGUAUAGUCCUUUGUUAAAGGAACAAUAUUGUCUAAACAUUUUACAAUGUGUUUUUCUUGCAAUAAAUAUGUUGCUGUUGCACAACUGCCGAAAAAAA